AUGUGGACCAUGAUCUUCGCUUCUCUUAGGAAGUGGGAGGAGAAUAGCAUGAUUCGUCAUCUAAUAAAAUUCUGGUUCUCUUCAACGGAUGAGCUUUAUAGUAAGCUAAAGCGACCUUUUAAUGGUACUUGGGAUUCUGUGGAGUCUGACGUGGGAGCCUUCGAGAACAUACUGAUCAGACUUCCCGUCAAAAACAUAUUAAUCUUCAAAUCCAUCUCAAAACUCUGGUACGAUGUCAUGUCCACAAAAUAUUUCAUAAUCUUACACCGAUUAUUGUCCAAAGACAACACCAAAUUUUUAGCCUUCUAUGAUCCCGGUUUGCUUGAAGAUGGAAUCGUUCGUGGAAUCCAUCUAAUGGAAUCCAACGGGACUUACACUGAAUCAUACACAAUUCCUGGUUUUGAAAAUAUACACCACCCGCUUUUAAUAUCUUCCUUCAAUGGUCUAAUUUGUUGCAUAAAUGACGUGAGUAAAUACCGGAUGUUGUAUGAUAUAGAGUUACGCAUUUGCAACCCCGCCACUCGUGAAGUCGUGCUCCUCCCUAAUAGCUACAUGUCUGUCUACAUGCCUGUCUUCGGGGUUUUAUAUUCGAACAAAUUCCAUAUUUAUAAGAUAUUCAAGUUUUUUAGCGAUCCGAUUCAUUUUGGAAUGGGGUUUUCACAAUGUGAAGUUUAUUCUUCGGAAACGGGAGAAUGGGAAUUGCUUGGAAGUGUUCCUUCACAUCCACUAAUGAAUCUUAGGCGUACAUUGGCCUCAAAUCAUGUUUGCAUUAACGAAAAGUUAUAUUGGUUUCUAUCGGAUGAACAUGAGUUUGAUAUACCUUCUUCGAUUCUUAUGGUUGAUAUGGAUUGUAAUGUCAAGGAAAUCCCGCUUCCAACCGAGGCAGAAAUUUCAUUCUUGAUCGACUUCCAUGAUCGGCUUUGCUUAGUGGAUUGGACGUGUGGGACAAUUAUUUUAUGGCUUUAUGAUGAGGCGAGGGGGAGUUGGUAUUCAAAGAAGGUACCCCCGUUUCCGGGUAAUUGGUUGGAGGUUGCUCAGUUUGACUCAGUUGUUGCGCAUAAGCAUAAGAUAUUGUUUGUUUAUAGAGAUGUUGCGGGGUUGCGACACGAGAUUUUAUAUAAUUUGGUUUGUGCGACGUGGGAAGAGUUUCGUAUAACUGAGGAUGAUAAGAAGACACCGAUUGUCGUGUUUCCGUUCUUUGAAACUCUCGUGCCAUGUAAUCCCGCAGGAAGGAAGGUUACUGGCGGCAGUGGUGGUGGUUUUCUUAAAAAACUGUGUGUGAACUCUGUUUCUGUUGUUUGGUUUGUUUGA